UUUGCCGCGUACAGAUACAAGAUAGAGGCCAUAGCCAGAGAGACCCAGCAAACAGAGCAAGUCUUCCACGCCCGCCAGUUCUUGCAAGAGAGGAAAGAAAUCGAAGAGGCAGAGAAGCAGAGAGAGACAGAGAUGGGAAGAAGGAGAAGCCCGGCGCUGCCGCUGCUGGUGAUCUUUGGCGUCCUCGCCGUCGUCCUCGCAGCUCUUCCUCCGCUCGCCGAAUCCAGCAGCAGCCACCACCACCACCACGGCCAUGGCCAUCACUCCCGCGUCCAAAGCAGAGGGCACGGAGGAGAGGAAGAGCAGUCGGCGGCUGCGGCGGCGGCGAAGGCGAGGGGGAGCGCGUGGCCGUGCUGCGACAGCUGCGGCGGGUGCACCAAGUCGGACACGCCGCAGUGCCGGUGCAUGGACGCGGCGCCCGUCGGGUGCCACCCGGCGUGCCGGGACUGCGUCAGGUCCCCCCUCGCCGUGCACCCGGCCGUGUACCAGUGCAUGGACCGCGUCCCCAACUUCUGCCAGCGGCGCUGCAGCGCCAUCGCCGCCCACUGAGCGUGACCGGCCGGGGCAACCGACCAGCUGACCAAC